AUGCCUUCGACUCCCUCGGCAGGCUUAGACUUCAUCAGACGACAGACCAUGCCCAAACGAGGUGCAACGACCAGACGGGUGAAGCUCACAAGAGAGGGAAACUGGGUCAAUGAAUAUCCAGUUCCAACGCCUAUAUCAAGUGCGGUGGAAGCGAAAUGGCUGACGGGUAAAAACAGUCACGAAUUCACUCAUAUGAGGUACACAGCUGCGACAUGCGAUCCCGAUGACUUUACACGAGAGAAUGGGUGGCAGCUACGGGUAGCUCAACAACAUAGGGAUACUGAGCUGCUCAUAGCAGUUACAAGUUAUAACGAGGACAAGAUUUUAUACGCAAGGACACUGCAUAACGUUAUGCUCAACAUCCGGGAUAUCUGCAAUACCAAAGCAUCUAAGUUCUGGCGUCGAACCGCAGAAGAAGGUCGUCCAGGAUGGCAACGUAUCGUCGUUGCCCUCAUUGCCGACGGCAUCGGCCCCAUGGACACUUCGGUCCUUGAUAUUCUAGCUACUAUAGGGGUAUAUCAAGAUGGGGUGCUCAAGAAGGCCGUGGAUGACAAACCUACUGUGGCCCAUAUCUUUGAAUAUACCACUCAAUUAUCGAUCGAUGCGACGCCUCAUUUGGUUCAGCCUCAUCCUGGAGAUCCGAACAAUCUGGUCCCGGUUCAGAUCAUCUUCGUACUCAAGCAAGAAAACUCCAAAAAGAUCAACUCUCACCGAUGGCUCUUCAAUGCCAUUGGUAGACAGAUCAAUCCCGAAAUCUGUGUUCUACUAGAUGCAGGUACCAAGCCGGGUCAUAAGGCUAUCUAUCAUCUAUGGGAAGCCUUUUACAACAAUCCGAAUCUCGGUGGGGCAUGUGGUGAGAUACAUGCCAUGAUUGACAAGGGCAAAAAGCUCUUCAAUCCCCUUGUCGCGGCUCAGAACUUCGAGUAUAAAAUGUCUAACAUCCUGGACAAACCGCUCGAAAGUUCCUUUGGCUAUGUGAGCGUAUUGCCAGGUGCUUUCUCCGCAUAUAGAUACCGGGCGAUUCUUGGUCGACCGUUAGAGCAGUAUUUCUUCGGUGACCACACUAUGGCCGCUCGUUUAGGCAAGAAAGGAAUAUACGGUAUGAAUAUCUUCACCAAGAACAUGUUCUUGGCAGAGGACAGAAUUCUGUGUUUCGAGCUGGUGGCCAAAGCGAAGGACAAAUGGGUGCUAUCAUACGUCAAACCUAGCAAAGCGGAGACGGACGUUCCGGAGAGCGCAGCGGAGCUGAUUUCGCAACGUCGACGAUGGCUGAACGGAUCAUUUGCUGCGUCAGUGUACGCCCUCAUCCACUUUUUCCGCCUGUAUCGAAGUGGUCAUGGUCCAAUCAGGAUGUUCUUCCUCCACAUUCAGGCUCUAUACAAUUUAUUCAAUCUACUUUUCAGUUGGUUUGCGUUGGCCAACCUUUGGCUCACAUUUGAUAUAAUCAUCAACCUAGUCCCAAACUCCGUGAAAAUCAACCUGUUUGUGACUCCGGACGUGACACAUUGGGUUAAUCUUGUCUUGGCUUGGGUAUACAUAGCUUUCCUCAUGUUACAAUUUGUUUUGGCUUUGGGUAAUCGACCAAAAGGGGAGAAAGGAUUAUACAUUCUCACUCUUUGGGUGUUCGCGAUGCUGGGAGCAUAUAUGAUUGUCUGUUCGGUACUUCUCUCCAUCAAGGCCUUUGAGGACGCACUGAAUGUGGCUGGAUCAGCGGGUACUAAAAUCGUUCAUCUGUUCAAAACCAGUAAUGGUGUUCUAGUCGCUGCGGUCAUGUCCACUCUGGGUAUCUACCUAUUUUCUUCUUUGCUCUACAAUGACCCUUGGCACAUGUUCAGUUCAUUUCCACAAUACAUGUUGUUAGCUCCAAGCUUCACGAACGUUCUCAACGUAUAUGCGUUUUGUAACCUCCACGAUGUAUCUUGGGGAACUAAAGGUUCGGACAAGGCAGAAGCUCUUCCCGCUGUCUCUUCUAGCAAAGACAAAUCAGGUGAAGGAGCAGUAGUGGAGGAUGUUCAAAGGGCGAUGGAAGAGCUUGACGAGAAUUUCCAACAUACGGUAAAACGAGCCGUUGCACCAUAUAAAGAACCUCCCUCUUCAGAGGGAUUGAAUAUGGAUGACCAAAACAAAACUUUCCGUACCAGACUCGUAGGCGUCUGGCUCCUAUCAAACGCCGCUCUUGCAAUCUCUAUACAAACACUCAAUGGACUUGAUCAAACCAAAAACCUCGUCCAAGCUUGUCUUCCCUCCGACUACAAUAUCAACACCGGUUCGAUAAUUGUACCGAUGAAUGGAACUUGUAUCGAGGAAGCUUUGUCAUUUGAUCAGGUACAUUUACAAGGUAAACAACAAGUGUACUUUAUGUACCUUUUGUGGGCUACCGCUGGUCUGUCUGGUGUUCGUUUCCUCGGGUGUUUAUGGUAUUGGAUGUCUAGGCAAUUGGGGAGGUGUUGCAGGCGCAAUUGA